AUGAAGUUCAUGGCUAUUGUCCUUGUGUUACAAGUAAACUAUGUUUCUAGUUAUAAGGAGGCAAGCAGACUCUAUGACGUUCUUAUGAACCAACAACAUUACAACAAAAUUGUUAGACCAGUUCGGAACUUCAGUGAAUCACUGACUGUCUUCUUCGGUCUGGGCCUUUUGCAACUCAUGGAUGUGAAGUUCGUUGGGCAGCUUCGGCUGGCAGAAAUGCGAUUAACCAUCUUUUCCUCUGCUAUCUUUCAAAAGGAUGAAGUCAAUCAAGUUAUUACCUCCAACGUUUUGGUGUCACUGGAAUGGACGGAUAUAAAACUCACUUGGCGCCCCGAGGACUUUGGGGGUGUCACGAAUUUGUUUAUUCCAUCUGAGCUUCUCUGGCUGCCUGAUCUUAUGUUGUACAACAAGUGA